GGAAUUCGUGUUUCUAUUUAGAUGACCUUCAAAACGGAAACCUGGGUUACUUUGGAAAGCAGACUAACGUUGUUUUCUUUUAAAAAUGUAAAACAGUAAAUACAUGUAAUACAUUGUUUAUAAAGUACCGAGAAAAAAUGGAGCGCCUAAAGAAGAUGGAGGACGACUCCCUCUUCAACAUGAGUCACACAACACGAUUGCCAGGGUUGCUUCCUCUACCAGCUGCCUCAUCUGAGGAGCCAUCUGAACUUUAUCAGAUUGUUCUUCGGCAUAGCCAGUACCCUCCCAUUCUGAAAAGCCCCUCGUGGACCUUGGCUGUUCCUUUUAAGGAGCAGAGACACCACAGGAGUCCAAGUGAAUCCAUUGGAAACAACUACACCCCCAGUGCAAGCAACCUGAAAAUAAAGGACCUGCAAAAUAAGUUUUCUCAUGCCAGGACCAGUUCAACUCUGGUCUCUCCAAGACUGAGGUCUCUUUCUCAGAGAAGCCGGCCCAUGACACCUACUGAACAGUUAACCAGUAUGGUGAAUCAGGAAGAGGAGAUUUCAGAGAACACGGGAGCGCCUUCUGAAAGAGAUUUUGAGAGGUAUCUCCACUAUUUGACCACUGGAGUCCACAGCCACAUGCUUGCAGCACAAGACCAACAGCAGAUGAAAAAUGUCCUGCAGCUUUUGCCCCAUCAUCUCAAGAACAACCCUGAACUGGAAAAACUGCAAGAAAAAUUAACUGAAGAGAUUCACAAUGACUAUGAUUUCAGCCUGCGCAAAGGCAUGGUUGAUUACAUCUUAAAAGACCCUUCAGAAAGAACAAGGCUUUUCAUUGCAAGUAUCCCUCAUUCAUUUCCUCAAAGAAUAAUUCGAGCCCCUGUUCCUUGGAGCAGCAGUUUCAGAGACGCCAAGAACUGGAACGAAACUCAUCUCUUUAAUGUGAAUCCUAUGAUGCUUGAGCUGCAGCAGCUGUGGUGUAAAGAGUUUUCCGCAUUGAGAUUUGUUAUGCUGGAGGCACUGUUUUCCGCAUGUCUGCCACUGCUGCCUGUAGAGUUUGAAGACCUGAUUCGCAAACAGUGCCUGGCAGCGCGCACCACUCUACAAACCAAAUGGAUUCCAGCGUGCGUGUCACUGUUUGUCACUCACAAAGUACAAUGGCUGCACCUGGUCCCACAGAGUGACCACGGCUCUGUUAACCUGAUUCAGGAGUUCUUUGCAUGUGCAGCAGCUCUAAUGUCUCUGCAGCUGCGAGGAAUGGUUAUCAACUCCUUACAGGACCUGCUCUCAUUUUUCGCUGUGCACGAGGAUGGGAAUGAUUUUGGAGAACAGUACAAGGAAAGGGACUUUUUCAAGUCGCAAAUUAUGAUUGUCAAACUGCAAGUGAAAGAACCAGCUAUAGUUUUCGAACCCAGCAUGAGAGAGUGUUGGGGUCUGAUUAACCGGUGCUUCGUGGAAAUCAUGAAGAGUGCUGAAGGACUUCCCCGGGUUGAAUGCCACCUGUUCCCAGAGAUUCCAGGAGAGAGGCUUUGCCUGCGAGCAGUACAAUUAGAAGAGCCUCUGGUUUGUGACACAGUCAACAAAACCUUGGAGGUCUUCAAAAAGAAUACUGUUGGCCCACAGAGGUAUUUAAAUGUGUAUAAGAAAUACAGCGAUCUCUUAAACAACAAGGCAGAGCAAGACGUCAUUUCAUUUUUAAAGGAGAAUCACUCCCUGCAGGCAUUUACAAAGAAAAUUGAAGAUAUCCGUAAGUUGCAUAAAGACAUUUGCUCUCUGCACAUAACUGUACCCCUGGCUGCGUUCUGCAUGGAUGCUGUGAGUUUGAACGAAGACCUGUGUGUUCGAUCAGUGAAGCUCAAGGAGAGAUUGAUCUUGUUUCAGGUGGAUGAAAACAGAGAACUAAAUAAGAGCAUUUGUCAGCGGUAUGAUGAGAUAGCAGAGAAGAUCAGUAACAUCCCAAACAGCACAGAAGAGAUGGUUGCUCUCAUUGAGUACCUCAAAGUGGCCAGUGAAGUCACCGUGCACAAACUGAAGGACGAAAUCUGUGAAGCAGCUAGCAGGCUGGAAUUUCUCAUGGAAUAUGCUACCUUGUCUUAUGAGGAUGUUAAAUUGAACAGCAAUGCCUUCCACUGGCCAGACCAGAUCCAGGCUGUGUUUGAGCUGAACAGGAGUCGCCUGGCAGUCUGGAGAGAGCAUGCUGAGGAAAGCCUUCUGAAAAAGAUUUCAGAGUUUGACAAGAAACUUGUUAUGUACAACAAGGAAGUGGAGAGCUUCAGGAAGAAGGAGCUGAUGAGCUCGGAAGAGAUGAAGAACAACGUAGACAAGCUGAGUGAGCUAGCCAGCAGUCUGGAUGUGGCUCUGGCAGAGCUGGAGGAUAUCAAUAAGGAAGAGAAACUGCUGGGGAAAGAACAGAGCCAGUUCCCACUCCUUCAGACCACAAUAGCAAAUCAGCAGCCUUACAAUCAGCUUUGGACAACAGCCUGUAACUUCAACACCAAGUCUGAGUUCUGGUUGAAUGGUCCGUUCCAGAAUCUCAAUGCAGAAGAUAUCAAUGAAGAGAUAGCGAACAUGUGGAGGACAGUUUACAAGCUUACUAAAACACUCUCAGACCUGCCAGGGCCAAGGAGGGUAGCGGACAGCACCAAACUUAAGAUUGAGAAGUUUAAACAGUACCUCCCUAUCCUCUCAACAAUUUGCAACCCUGGAAUAAAGCAGAGGCACUGGGAAAAGAUCAACGAGAUUGUUGGGUUUGAGUUGAGACCUGAGGCCGACACAUCCUUGUUGAACAUGGUGGAAUACGGACUUGCCAAGUACAUCGACAAGCUGGAUGAAAUCGGUGGUUCUGCAAGCAAGGAAUAUUCCUUGGAGAAAGCUAUGGAGAAGAUGAAAUCGGAGUGGGCUGAUGCAUGCUUUGGCUUUGUCAAAUACAGGGACACGGGCACACAAAUUCUGUCUGCGGUUGACGAUAUACAAGUACUCCUCGACGACCACAUUAUCAAAGCACAGACGAUGUGUGGGUCUCCAUACAUCAAACCAAUUGAAACAGAGUGCAAGCAAUGGGGGGAGAAGCUGCUUUUGAUGCAGGAUAUUCUGGAUGCCAUGUUGAAGUGUCAGGCGACCUGGCUCUACCUGGAGCCCAUCUUUAGCUCUGAAGACAUCAUUGCUCAAAUGCCAGAGGAGGGCAGGAAGUUUGGCAUUGUGGACAGUUACUGGAAGGAUAUCAUAGGAGAAUCAGUGAAAGACACCAGAGUGUUGGUGGCGACAGCACAGCCCAACAUGCUUGGAAAGCUGGAAGAAGCCAACGUGCUUUUGGAAGAUAUUCAAAAAGGGCUGAACACUUAUCUUGAAAAGAAAAGACUCUUCUUCCCCAGGUUCUUUUUCUUAUCGAAUGACGAGCUUCUGGAGAUUCUGUCCGAAACCAAGGACCCCCUGAGAGUGCAGCCCCACCUGAAGAAGUGUUUCGAGGGGAUUGCAAAGCUGGAGUUCACUGACAGCAUGGAAAUAACAGGCAUGAUCAGCUCAGAGAAAGAAACAGUUCAGUUUGUGAAGAAAAUAUACCCAGCUAAAGCAAAGGGAAUGGUGGAGAAGUGGCUCCAGCAAGUGGAAGAAACGAUGCUUAGCAGCGUGAGACAAGUCAUACAGGAUGGGGCUGAAGGAUAUGUCCAGCUUCCACGUAAGAAAUGGGUUCUGCAGUGGCCAGGACAGGUGGUGAUCUGUGUGUCCUCAAUCUACUGGACCAAGGAAGUGUCAGAAGCUAUUCAACAGAACACGUUACUGGAUUACUUGAAGAAAAGCAACGAGCAGAUCAGUGAAAUAGUGGAAUUAGUCCGAGGGAAGCUUCCAGGCGGUGCUCGUAUGACCCUUGGGGCUCUUACAGUCAUUGAUGUACAUGCUAGGGAUGUGGUCGCCAAGUUAGCGCAGGAUCGGAUUUCCAGCCUGAAUGACUUCCAGUGGAUCUCCCAGCUUAGGUACUACUGGUUGGACAGCGACGUCAAGGUCCAAAUAAUUACCACCGAGGUCAAGUAUGGGUACGAGUACCUGGGAAACUCCCCCCGUCUGGUCAUCACCCCACUUACUGACCGGUGCUACAGAACACUGAUGGGAGCUUUGAAGUUGAAUCUAGGAGGGGCUCCCGAGGGCCCUGCGGGGACUGGGAAGACUGAGACCACUAAGGACUUGGCUAAAGCUCUCGCCAAGCAGUGCGUGGUCUUCAACUGCUCCGAUGGGUUGGACUACAAAGCCAUGAGUAAAUUCUUCAAAGGACUGGCACAAUCUGGAGCCUGGGCCUGCUUUGAUGAAUUCAACCGAAUUGAGGUUGAAGUGCUGUCAGUAGUUGCCCAGCAAAUCCUUAGCAUCCAACAAGCCAUAAUCCGCGAUCUGAAGAAGUUCAUGUUUGAGGGAACAGAACUUUCGCUGAACCCAACUUGUUCUGUCUUCAUCACCAUGAACCCGGGUUAUGCAGGACGGGCAGAGUUGCCAGACAAUCUGAAGGCUCUGUUCCGCACUGUUGCUAUGAUGGUUCCUGACUACGCACUGAUUGGGGAAAUUUCCUUGUACUCCAUGGGCUUUAUUGACUCAAGAAGCCUUGCCCAGAAAAUUGUGGCCACCUAUCGCCUCUGCUCUGAGCAGCUAUCAUCCCAGCACCACUAUGACUACGGCAUGCGUGCUGUCAAAUCGGUCCUGACGGCAGCGGGGAACCUCAAACUGAAGUACCAGCAGGAAAACGAGUGUGUCCUCCUGCUCAGAGCUCUGCUGGACGUCAACUUAGCCAAGUUCUUGGCUCAAGAUGUACCUCUGUUUCAGGGUAUUAUCUCUGACCUGUUCCCAGGGGUAGUGCUUCCAAAACCAGAAUAUGAAGUCUUACUGCAGGCUCUGGAUGACAAUAUCAAAAAAAUGAAACUUCAGCCUGUGCCAUGGUUUAUUGGAAAGAUUGUUCAGAUCUAUGAGAUGAUGCUGGUACGUCACGGAUUCAUGAUUGUCGGCGAUCCCUUGGGUGGAAAAACCUGCGCUUAUAAAGUAUUAGCUGGAGCCCUGAGUGAUAUUUAUGCAGCCAAGCUCAUGGAUGAGUGUGCAGUGGAAUACAGAAUUAUCAACCCCAAGGCCAUCACCAUGGGUCAGCUGUACGGCUGCUUUGACCCGGUCAGCCACGAGUGGGCAGAUGGGGUUCUUGCAACCACCUUCCGUGACCAAGCCUGCUCCACCUCUGAAGACAGGCAGUGGAUCGUUUUCGAUGGGCCUGUGGAUGCUGUGUGGAUCGAAAAUAUGAAUACUGUGCUGGAUGACAAUAAGAAGCUGUGCUUAAUGAGUGGAGAGAUCAUCCAAAUGAGUGCAAAGAUGAGCCUGAUAUUUGAACCGGCAGAUCUGGAGCAGGCUUCUCCUGCAACUGUGAGCAGGUGUGGUAUGAUCUACAUGGAGCCUCAUCAGCUGGGCUGGAGCCCACUAAGAGAUUCCUACAUGGAUACGCUUCCACAGACUCUUAGUGAUGAGCAUAGAGAACUGAUCAGUGACAUGUUUAACUGGCUGGUGCAGCCCAGUCUUGAGUUUAUUCGUCACGAAUGCAAAUUCCUGGUGCAGACCUCCCCUAUUCACCUGGCUUACAGCAUGAUGAGACUGUACACCUGUCUCUUGGAUGAGGUUGCCGAUUCUGGAAAGGAUGGAAAGGAGCCGAUGUCCUGCCAGCAGAUCACCCUGUGGCUGCAGGGGCUCUUCCUCUUCGCUGUGGUCUGGACCAUUGGUGGCACCAUCAACGGGGACGGCAGGAAAAAGUUCGACAUGUUCUACCGCAACGUGAUCAUGGGCAUGGACGACAAGAACCCGCGCCCAAAGAGUGUCAAGCUUACUAAAAACAACGUCUUUCCAGAACGAGGGACCAUAUAUGAGUAUUACUUCCACAAGCAAGCAUCUGGGCAGUGGAACACCUGGACUGACUACAUCACAAAAGAAGAGGCUACCAUCACUGCUGGUGCAAAGGUCUCUGAUCUCAUCAUUCCGACCAUGGAGACGGCUCGUCAAAGCUUCUUCUUAAAGACUUACCUUGCUCAUGAGGUGCCCAUGCUGUUUGUGGGUCCCACGGGCACAGGGAAAUCAGCCAUUAAUAACAACUUCCUGGUCCAUCUGCCCAAGGAAAAGUACACUCCCAACUGCAUCAACUUCUCAGCCAGGACCUCCGCCAAUCAGACCCAGGACAUUAUCAUGGCCAAACUCGACCGCAGACGGAAGGGGAUGUUCGGUCCUCCUGUGGGAAAGAAGACAGUGGUGUACGUGGAUGAUCUAAACAUGCCUGCGAAAGAAGUGUAUGGAGCACAGCCCCCUAUUGAACUGCUCAGACAGUGGAUCGAUCACACCCACUGGUAUGACAGAAAAGACACAUCCAGGAUGAAUAUUGUGGAUGUCUUGUUUAUGUCUGCUAUGGGGCCACCUGGUGGAGGAAGGAAUGACAUUACAGGUCGUUUCACCCGUCACUUGAACAUUAUCUCUAUUGACUCGUUCAACGAUGAAACCCUGAGUAAGAUUUUUACUUCCAUUGUCGACUGGCAUUUCAGCAAGGGAUUUGAUGCCUCGUUUUCGAGACUGGGUAAGAUUAUGGUGCAGGCGACCAUGGCUGUCUACGCAGCGGCUAUGGAAAACUUCCUUCCCACCCCUUCCAAAUCCCACUACAUCUUCAAUCUGCGAGACUUCUCCCGCGUGAUCCGAGGAGUCCUACUUUGCCCAAACACUCACCUACAGGAAGGAGACAAGCUCAUCAGGCUCUGGAUUCAUGAAGUGUACCGAGUUUUCUAUGACCGGCUGAUUGAUGGCGACGACAGACUCACUUUCUUUAACAUUGUCAAGGAGAGGACGUCAAGUCAUUUCAAACAAAGUGUGGAUAAGUUGCUGAGCCACCUGACACCAUCAGGGAAGGUGAGCGAUGAGAACAUCCGCAGCCUGUUCUUCGGGGACUACUUUAAGCCGGACUCCGACGUGAAGGCCUAUGACGAGAUCACCGACGUGAAGCAGCUGACCAGGGUGAUGGAGUACUACCUGGAUGAGUACAACAAUGUCAGCAAGGCGCCCAUGUCCCUGGUCAUGUUCAAAUUCGCCAUCGAGCACAGCUCCCGAAUCUGCCGCGUGCUGAAGCAGGACAACGGGCACUUGCUGCUCGUGGGCAUCGGCGGAUCGGGGCGGCGGAGCGCCACCAAGCUGGCCACCUUCAUCAACAACUUCGAUCUUUUCCAGAUCGAGAUCACCAAAAACUACACCACCUCCGAGUGGAGGGAGGACCUCAAGAAGGUGAUGCUUAAGGCCGGGGCCGCUGGCAAGAACACAGUCUUCCUGUUCGGCGACAACCAGAUCAAAGACGAGGCGUUCGUGGAGGACAUCAACAUGCUGCUGAACACGGGCGAUGUACCCAACAUCUUCCCUGCCGACGAGCGGGCUGAGAUCAUUGAGAAAAUGCAGGGGGUGGCCAGGAUGGAAGGCAAGAAGAUAGACUCCACUGCCCUCGCUAUGUACAACUUCUUCAUCGACAGGGUGAAAGCCAACCUGCAUAUCGUACUAGCUAUGAGCCCCAUCGGAGAUGCAUUUCGGAACCGGUUGCGUAUGUUCCCCUCAUUGAUAAACUGCUGCACCAUCGACUGGUUCCAGGCUUGGCCCACUGACGCUCUGGAAAUGGUGGCUAACAAGUUCCUGGAAGAAGUAGAACUAGAGGAUGGAAUCAGGAAAGAGGUUGUCGCAGUGUGUAAAUACUUCCAAGAAAGUGUGCAGGUGCUCUCAGAGAAGUACUUUUCGACGCUCCGGAGACACAAUUACGUGACGCCAACUUCCUACCUGGAGCUAAUCCUGACAUUUAAAGCCUUGCUCAACAGCAAGAGACAGGAGGUUGACAUGAUGAGAAACCGCUACAUUGUUGGCCUUGAGAAACUGCACUUUGCUGCUUCACAGGUCUCUGUGAUGCAAAAAGAGCUUACUGCCCUGCAGCCUGAGCUAAUUAAGACCUCGGCUGAGACUGAGAAGAUGAUGAUUAAGAUUGAACAGGAAACAGUACAGGUGGAUGCAAAGAAAGAGUUGGUAUCGGCUGACGAGAAGGUGGCUAACGAGGCCACUGCUGCAGCAAAAGCUAUCAAGGAUGAAUGUGAGGGGGACCUGGCUGAAGCAAUGCCAGCACUAGAGGCUGCUCUCUCAGCUUUGGAUACCCUGAAACCCGCUGACAUCACUGUGGUGAAGUCCAUGCAGAACCCCCCUGGCCUUGUCAAGCUGGUCACGGAGAGUAUCUGUGUUAUGAAAGGAAUUAAACCAGAAAGGAAACCAGACCCAGGGGGUUCAGGUAAAAUGAUUGAGGACUUCUGGGGCUCUUCUAAAAAGCUCCUGAGCGACAUGAAAUUCCUUGACAACCUUAAGGCAUUCGACAAAGACAACAUCCCGGCAGCCAACAUUAAGAAGAUACGGGAGAAGUUCAUUGACAAUCCAGAGUUCCAUCCAUCAGUAAUCAAGAAUGUGUCAUCUGCCUGCGAAGGGCUCUGCAAGUGGGUGCGCGCCAUGGAGGUGUAUGAGCGAGUGGCCAAGGUCGUGGCCCCAAAACGUGAGCGCCUCAAAGAGGCAGAGGCAGAGCUUUCGAUUCAGAUGGAGAAACUGAAAAUCAAACGAGCAGAGCUAAAGGAAGUAGAAGACCGCCUCCAGGCACUGAACGAUGAAUUCGAAAUCAUGAACAACAAGAAAAAUUACCUGGAAAAUAACAUAGACCUCUGCUCCCAGAAGCUUGUCAGGGCUGAGAAGUUAAUAGGUGGUCUGGGCGGUGAGAAGGAUAGGUGGAUAGAAGCUGCCCGACUGUUGGGGAUAAAGUACACCAAUCUCACAGGAGAUGUUCUUUUGUCUUCUGGGAUGGUGGCUUACUUGGGAGCCUUCACCGUUGAUUACCGUUUGGAGUGCCAGAAGCAGUGGCAUAUCCUUUGCAAGCAAAAGAAAGUCCCAUGUUCAGAUGAGUUUACCCUGAGCAACACCUUAGGGGACCCUGUGAAGAUACGAGCUUGGCAGAUCGCAGGUCUCCCAGUCGACUCUUUCUCCAUCGACAAUGGGAUCAUCGUGUCCAACUCCAGACGGUGGCCCCUAAUGAUUGAUCCCCAGGGCCAGGCUAACAAGUGGAUCAAAAACAUGGAGAAAUCAAAUAAGUUUUCUGUUAUCAAGUUGUCCGAUGCCAAUUAUGUGAGAACCAUGGAAAAUGCCUUACAGUUCGGUACCCCCGUCCUACUGGAGAACAUCAGGGAAGAGCUGGAUGCAGUGCUAGAGCCCGUGCUUUUGAAGCAGACAUUUAAACAGCAAGGAGUAGAGUACAUUAGGUUAGGUGAGAACAUUAUUGAAUACUCCAAAGACUUUAGGUUCUACAUCACUACCCGCUUGAGAAACCCACACUACCUACCCGAAGUUGCUGUAAAGGUUUGCUUAUUGAACUUCAUGAUUACCCCCUUGGGGCUUGAGGACCAAUUGCUAGGAAUCGUAGCUGCCAAGGAAAAACCUGAGCUAGAAGAAAAGAAGAACAAACUGAUUAUAGAGAGUGCCGCCAAUAAGAAACAGCUGAAGGAAAUUGAGGACAAAAUCCUGGAGGUCCUGUCUUGCUCCCAAGGAAACAUCCUGGAAGAUGAGACAGCCAUCAAAGUCUUGUCUUCUUCCAAAGUGCUGUCCGAGGAGAUUUCAGAGAAGCAGCUGAUUGCGUCUGCCACUGAGAAACAGAUUGAUGAGACCCGCUUUGGCUACAGACCUGUUGCUGUCCACUCCUCAGUUAUUUUCUUCUGCAUUUCCGAACUGGCCAAUAUUGAGCCAAUGUACCAGUAUUCCUUAACCUGGUUUAUUAACCUUUACACCCAAUCCAUUGCAAACAGUAAAACCAGCGAGAUCCUGCUGAAGCGGAUUAAUAACAUCAUUGCUCAUUCCACAAACAGCAUAUACAAUAACGUGUGCCGCUCUCUCUUUGAGAAGGAUAAGCUGCUCUUCUCCCUUCUGCUCACCAUUGGGAUCAUGACAGGAAAAGGGAACGUAAACGAUCAGCUGUGGCAUUUCCUCCUAACAGGAGGCAUUGCCCUGGAGAACCCUCACCCCAACCCAGCCCCUGAUUGGCUGUCAGAAAAAUCAUGGUCUGAAAUUGUGCGGGCAUCCAGCAUAGAAAGUCUUCAUGGUCUGAUGGAGCAUGUCAGGUCCAACAUUCCCAAGUGGAAAAAGAUCUAUGACUCUGCCAGACCCCACGAGGAGAAAUUCCCAGAUGAAUGGAUUAUUCUGAAAGGAAUGGAGCGCAUGGUGGUAUUGCGGUGUUUCAGACCUGAUAAGAUUAUUCCAGCAGUACAAGAGUUUAUCACAGAUAAUAUGGGGAAGACGUAUAUUGAACCACCAACAUUUGACUUGGUAGGAAGUUAUAACGACUCCAACUGCUGUGCCCCACUCAUAUUUGUGCUUUCCCCUGGAGCAGAUCCAAUGGCAGGUUUGCUAAAGUUCGCUGAUGACCUGGGGAUGGGAAGUACUAAGAUCCAGACUAUCUCCCUGGGUCAGGGGCAGGGCCCUAUUGCAGCUCAAAUGAUUGAAAUUGCAUUUAAAGCUGGCACCUGGGUUGUGUUGCAAAACUGCCAUCUGGCCACCAGCUGGAUGCCUGCUUUAGAGAAGAUAUGUGAGGAGAUCAUCACACCAGAGAACACCAACCCAGAGUUCAGGCUGUGGCUGACAAGCUACCCUUCGGACAAGUUCCCGGUCAGCAUUCUCCAGAACGGGGUGAAGAUGACCAACGAGCCCCCUAAAGGGUUAAGAUCCAACCUGCUGCGCUCAUACCUCAAUGACCCUAUAUCAGACCCUGCUUUCUUCAACAGCUGCGAGAAGCAGCAGGUCUGGCAGAAACUGCUUUUAGGGCUGUGCUUUUUCCAUGCUCUUGUCCAAGAGAGAAGGAACUUUGGGCCCUUGGGCUGGAAUAUCCCCUAUGAGUUUAACGAGUCUGAUCUCCGAAUCAGCAUGAGGCAGAUCCAGAUGUUUCUAAAUGAGUAUGAACAGGUACCGCUUGAGGCACUGACAUACCUGACAGGUGAAUGCAACUAUGGAGGAAGAGUGACAGAUGACAAAGACAGACGUCUACUUUUGUCACUUCUGUCUAUUUUCUACAACAGAAAUCUGGUGGAGCAGGAUAAUUACAGGCUUUCUGAAGGGGAUGCCUACAUUAUCCCGCCCCACGGUCCCUAUCAAUCCUACAUUGAUUACAUUAGGAACCUACCAGCAAUCACAGAUCCAGGGGUGUUUGGGCUCCAUGAGAACGCUGACAUCACAAAGGAUAAUAAGGAGACCAAUCAACUGUUUGAUGGGGUGCUGCUCACUCUACCCAGACAAUCUGGAGGAGGGGGCAAGUCCUCACAGGAGGUUGUUGACCACUUAGCUGCUGAUAUUUUAUCCAAACUCCCCAAAGACUUCAAUUUGGAGAAGGUGAUCGAGAAGUACCCAGUGGUGUAUGAAGAGUCCAUGAACACUGUCCUGAGACAGGAGCUUAUUCGCUUUAACAGGCUCACCCAGGUCAUAAGGAGUAGUCUCAUAGACAUCGGAAAGGCACUCAAAGGUCUGGUUGUGAUGUCUUCGGAACUGGAGGAUGUUUUCAACAGUAUGCUGGUGGGCAAAGUACCAGGGAUGUGGGCUUCCAAAUCCUACCCAUCAUUGAAACCCCUGGGCAGCUACAUAGCUGAUCUCCUGGGACGCCUGCAUUUUCUACAGAACUGGAUAGACAGUGGGCCACCCAAUGUGUUUUGGGUAUCUGGGUUCUACUUUACCCAGUCCUUCUUAACUGGGGUCUCGCAGAACUUUGCCAGAAAAUACACCAUACCUAUUGAUCAUGUCGGGUUUGAAUUUGAGGUCACAAAGCAAGAAACCGAAAUGGAAUCAAAGCCAGACGAUGGAGCCUACAUUAAAGGGCUCUUUUUAGAAGGAGCUCGGUGGGACCGCAAAAACAUGGUCAUUGGAGAAUCGCUCCCGAAAAUCCUUUAUGACCCCCUGCCUAUCAUCUGGCUAAAGCCAGGGGACAGCUCCAGGUUCUUGCACGAGCGGGUUUAUGUGUGCCCUGUGUACAAGACCAGCGCCCGGAGAGGCACUCUCUCCACAACCAGCCACUCCACUAACUAUGUUCUUCCAAUAGAGCUUCCCUCUGACAAGCCGCAGAAGCACUGGAUAAACCGAGGUGUAGCCAGCCUCUGCCAGUUAAAUGAUUGAUUUCAAUUUGUGUUUUUAUUUACAAUUUCUCUGCCAAAUAAAUGCCAUAAAAUUACAUCAGUACAAAAUAAUGAAGGAAACUGGGCUGGUGAAAGUCUAAGUACAAUAGAGAUGAUGCAAGUUAAACACUAAGCUAUUGUAAGGUGCCACUCUCCAUCAGGGCUAAGUGGCGUUGUGUACUUUUUAAAAUUGUUUUUGGUUUUACCCGCUGGUCUCGCCCAAGACUUCUUUAGAUCUAUAAUUACAGCAAAAACAAGUAUGGAGUGUUAUUUUCUUUAUUAACUUAAAACUAUCCAGUUUGAACAAAGAUCGUUGUAUAAUCUCAGAUAAAUAGCUAUUUGAGGCUGAAAAAGUCAUUAAACCUGAAAUAUUUCUGUAUUUUAUACAGUGCUAUAGACACAUACUGAGAAUGCAUAUUGCAGUUACAGUAUGCAGCCACCUGUUACCUUAGUCCAAGAUCAGUGCUAAUCAGGACAUGUGAUACCACACAAUAAUAAUAUCCUUUACAGCUAUUGCAGUAAGUGACCAGAAGGCGAAGUGGAACUAAAAAAUCUAUACAACUGUCAGUUUGACUGGUUUAUUUAAUGCUGACAUUAAUUUCACCCCGGAUUCAACUGAAAUGAAAAAUUAUUUUUUUAAAUAUAUAAGACUGUGACAGAAAGCAUAUGGUCUGAACAAGCAUUAAAAGCCCUGUUGCUGCCCAUUGGAUUUGAUAGUGUAAUUUAAAGGCACAUGUCUGUGUGUAGAUACAUGCAUAGGCUACUUGAAAGAUCCACUGUACAGAUAUUUGUUUCCUAAACACUUCUUUACAAAUGGAACUGCAAUAUAGAAAACAUGUUAACAGUUAACAUGGACAAAACAUAGGGAAGGGUAGUGCAGCCUAUUAUGCUUUAACCCAGAGGUUUGAAAAAACAAAUUCAGACCUUCCACUUGUAAAUGUAUCAAUCGUGAUCUGCAAACAUCCACAUUCCCUACACGCGUAGAAGUUCCAAGAACAGUAUCUAUUCAUGUCUGCCUUGAG